AUGACUGCAGAUAGUAAUAAACUGAACCAUAGUGUGUUCGUAUCUAGCUAUAAUACCAAAGUGCCUAUCAGUAAAACUGACUUAGAAGAAAUCAUUGUCUUUCUCACCAUUUCAAAGAAAGGACAUACUAUAACUGGUGCUGACCUGGCUGAAUGUCAAAGAUUAUGGAUGGAUAGUUUAAGGGAGAACUGGAAACAGCCAAAGCAAGAGCCAUUGCCUGUGGCAAAAACUGCAUCCAUCACUGCAAAAGGAGAUUUAAUCCCUCAUGCCAAGUCCAGUAUAUCUUCUCAGGUAGCUUGUCAACCUAAGUCAAACCAUUUGCAAGUUCCUCCCAUCAACACUGAAACAGAUCGCAGGCACUUAACUUAUAACCAAAUGGAAAUAGUUGGGAAGAGAUACAAGGAAACCAGACGACGGCUAAAGAGGAAAACUAAUCCAUUAGACUUUGCAGAACAGUGUAGACUGGUGAGGUCUGGAGACCCGAUUGUCGAUAGUCACUGCUUGCCAAGCUGCCUAGAGGGUGAAAUGGGAGAAUUGGUGGACCACCAUCGCCUGGCAUGCCACUAUGUCUACUUUCAGUGUGUGAAGCUUUGCAAAAAAUAUGGAAUUCCAAUUUCAGAAAGAGCACUAAAAAGAGGUCUGCUCUACCCAGGAGACAGGCUCCUGACACUUGGAAAAUACUCCCGGAAGUUGAGGCAGCCAGGAGGAUAUAUUGACAAUUCUGUUUACCUGGGGGAAUCAUCUGAUGGGGAAAGCUCUUCCAAGGUUGAGGAAAGAAAGCCAAAACCAAUUAAGAAACGAGUCAAAAAGCAGCCUCGGACCUGCCGCUGGGUGUCAUUUAAGGAAUUUAAGAAACUGAUGAGUCCACACUCCAAAAGAAUACUUCCUCCACUGGAGAUUUGGAAUGUGGAAUUUCUUGAUGAGAAUUUGCCUGAGAAUCCAGAUGUGCUUGCAAAAAAAUACAUGGAAAGAGAACUGAGGAGAAUGUAUAACUAUCUGAAUCCCUUGACCAACCCUAAUAAUUUCUGGCCUGGGCAUCUCCUUGAUAAGCUGUGCUUGUGUCUACCUGAAUCAAGACAGGAUAGAAGUGAAGUUCUGUUCAGCCAUGUUUCUCACACACACCCAGUCAAUCCUGGUAUUCACGUUCCUCACCGCAACUGGCCAGUCAGCAACAAGGGAUACACGACCUAAGGGGAUCCAGAAUCUCGCAAACAUAACUAUUACAUUUGAUGGCAUUUUUGAAGAACAUGACCAAGAAAUCUGCUGCAUCGGACUAA